AUGGACAACUCGCUCCUCAACCUCACUCGCGACGAGUGCGCUCACCGCAGCAAGGUCAUCGACCUCGAUACAUACCGCAUCGAGCUCGAUCUCCACGCCAUCGACGACCCGAAAACCACGACCUUCGCGUCUUCCUCGACUGUUGAGUUCACCCCAUCGGAGGACAAGACCUGGCUCGACCUCGUCGCUGACAGCGUCACCUCUGUUACUGUCAACGGAAAGGACCACCCGGACGAUGCCAAGGCGUACAACGGUGCGCGUGUGCCCAUCACAGGCCUCGAGGUCGGAAAGCACAACACCGUGACCGUCGUCGCUCAGUGCAAGUAUAGUCGUACCGGAGAAGGUCUUCACCGCUUCACCGACACUGCUGAUGGCAAGACGUACGCUUACACCCACUUUGAGCCAACAGAUGCUCGCCGAAUGUACGCCUGCUUUGAGCAGCCCGACCUCAAGGCUCGCAUCACCUUCGUUAUCACGGCGCCGAAAGCAUCCGGUGUCUUCAGCAACCAGGACGCCGUCAGCGACAAGCCGGGAGAUAACGACACUCACACCGUUACCUUCAACCCCACGCCUCCGCUUUCGACUUAUCUCACCUCCAUUGCUGUCGGCCCUUACUAUGUUGUCCGGGACGAAUUCAAGGAGGGCGACCUCAAGAUCCCUCUCGCCGCCAUUUGCCGCGAGUCGAUGAAGCAGUACCUCGACCCCAAGGAGGUUUUCCGGGUCACCAAGGCGGGCCUCACGUUCUUCAACGAUGCCUUCGGCUACACCUACCCUUGGGGCAAGUACGACUCGAUCUUCCUUCCAGAGUACAACAUUGGAGCAAUGGAGCACCCCGGACUCGUCACCUUCUCCGAGAACGCUUACAUCUUCCGCGGCACCCCGACGACGAUGCAGCGCGAGAACCUUGCCAACGUCAUCCUCCACGAGAUGACCCAUAUGUGGUUCGGCGAUCUUUCGACUCCUCGUUGGUGGAACGACACCUGGCUGAAGGAGAGGUGA